AUGGAUCGAUUUUUGCUUUUACAGCUCGCUGCUAUGCAAUGUCAUCCUAUGAUGUGUAAUAAUGGAGCAGUUCAAAUGCCUGCAGGAUCUUGUGUCAACCUUGUAAACAACACUUUAUAUCUCGAGCCUUGUAAAGACAAUAAUAAACCAUUUUGUGAUUCAGGCACUGAUGUAUCAUAUUGCACCGCAAACCCACUUUUCCCAGAAGAGCUUUCGUAUCCUGGAGAACCCUGCAAUAAGAAAAAACACUGUAAAUACGGAGAAUGCCUUGAAGGCUACUGCCAAUCAAAAGCACUCAAAGAAGAUUGUAACUUAGAUGAAGAAUGCAACCCAGGUCUUUAUUGCAGCAAUAAUAAAUGUGUAAAGCAGCUAGAGCUUGGGGCAACUGGCUGCAAGUCAGACUAUGAAUGUGUAAACUGGGCUGCUUGUAGUGAAGGAGAAUGCAUACAAUAUUUUUCUCUCCCAGCCAAUGCGUCCACAUCAAGAUGUUUUAGCCAAUUUUCUGAACUUUGUGCAGGAGGGAUGUGCUGACAAGGACUCUGCAUAGAUCCAGUCCAGUCCUUUAAUGAAAGUGCCUUGCCGAGAAAAUGCAAUUCAUAUAUGGAUUGUACGUCAGAGGCUAGUAGCCAUAGAGUUUUUUAUUCUGAUUGUAUGUGUGGGAUGAACCCUGAAGGAGCCAGCUAUUGCACGCUAUUUCCUGGAGAUUUGAUAUAUGCACAUUUGAUAACUGUGAUCACUAAUUGGAUUAACAGUGAAAUGUCUGAUAGGUGUAAUACAGUGAGAAGGCUAUCUAGUUAUUGCAUUUCACAGUUUUGGGAUAAGCCGAACUCUGAGGAAUUGUUUUUGUAUUAUUACAGAACUUAUUUUUAUCCACAAUUGCAAGGAAAUGACGAUUGUAUUAAGGACAUAUUUACAGGGUUUUAUUGGGAUACUAUUGCCACAAUCACACAUGCGAAAUAUAUGUUUUUUUCGUCAUUAAUUAUAGUUUAUUUGCUUGCAUAA